CUCGCACAGACGCACUGAAUCCCAAUUAGGGAGCUCGAUUUGCCGCCAAACUGGAGGCCUUUAAAACGUGAAGAUUGGUUAACAGUGCGUCCAGUCAAUUGCGAAACAUGAAAGCGGCGAAAAGUGGCGACAGGAUGGCGUAUCCAUGGAUUAAUAUUAAACCCCUGCUGAUGUGGCUGCUAGCCUUAGCGUUCGUUUUCUUCAACUGCUGUCUGGGCGGCAAGACGACCACCUUUGUUAGCCACACAGACACUCUGGAUCCGCAGGCCGAUGGCUUCUGGGCCAACAAGACCACGUGGAACGCUCGGUGGGUGAAGUACUGGCGGGCCAAGAAGAUUUACGAGCCGGUGUGGAAGAAGGUCUGGACACCCACCAUCCACAACGAGUGGGUGCCCCUGCCCAAUGCCCCCAACGAGUGGGAGGUGGAGAAGGGCCACUCGUACAAAUGACACUGAGACUGAAUUUAGU